AUGCAGCUGUGGAACGUAAAUUCCAAGAAGCUUCUGUACGAGUUCAAGGGGUGGGGUGUGGGGAUAACGGCGCUGGUGGGAUCACCUGCGUUGGACACAGUAGCAGUGGGGUGCAGCGAUGGCAAGGUGCAUGUGCAUAACAUAAGGCUGGAUAAACCAGUCGUGGAUUUCACACACGCUGCUGCUGGAGCUGUGACUUCCCUGGCCUUCAACUCAGACGGUCCGCCUCUUCUAGCAGUGGGAGGGAUGGGAGGGGCCAUCAGCGUGUGGGACCUCACAAACCGUCGCCUGCACUCCAUCAUUCCCGACGCCCACGACGGGCGUGUAGCCGCUCUCUCCUUCCUCGUCAACGAGCCUCUGCUGCUCUCUGCCGGUGCUGACAACAGCCUUAAGAUUUGGAUAUUUGAUUCGGUGGACGAUAACCCUCGUCUCUUGCGCUACCGCACAGGACACAGCUCGCCGCCCUGCUGCAUCAAGUACUACAGGAACGGACGUCACAUUCUCUCGGCUGGCCUCGACAGAAGCUUCCGCAUUUUCUCCACCGUCCAGGACCAACAAAGCCGGGAGUUAUCACAGGGCAACUUUGAGAAGAGGAUGAAGAAAAUGAUGAUGAAGGAGGAGAAGCUAAAGCUUUCCAAGGUCGUCUGCAUGGACGCUGCUGAGGUGCGGGAGAGGGACUGGGCGAACGUGGUGACCUGUCACGAGGGCAACCCAGCAGCAUUCGUGUGGGAGUUGAGGAACUUUGUGAUCGGCAAGCUGAAGCUGGUUCCGCCAGGAAUUGAACCCUCGCCCGCCACUGCGUGUGCUGCCAGCAUGUGCGGCAACUUCGCUCUGGUGGGGACCUCAGCGGGCCAUCUGCAUCUCUUCCACCUGCAGUCGGCACGGCACCGCGUUGCGUACCAGUCAGAGAAGAUGCAGUACAGCCCGGCGCAUGGCGGCAUGGUCACUGGCGCUGCUAUUGAUGCUCUCAACAGGCACAGCAUCAGCUGCGGCAGAGAUGGGCAUGUCAAGGUCUGGUAUCUCAAGUCGGGUCGGCUUCGGUUUGAUGUGAAUGUCGGCUCUCCAAUAGUGAAGAUGAAGUUCCAUCACGGCAACAACCUAGCAGCGAUCGCCUGUGAGAAUUUCACGACCUACAUCUUCGACGCCGAGGCUGGCCGGCUGGUUCGGCGGUUCCCGGGCCACGAGGAUCGGAUCACCGCCGUCGAGCUGAGCCCCGACGGCCGGUGGCUGCUGACGUCAGCCAUGGAUCUGACCGUGCGCACGUGGCACGUCGUGAGUGGCCGGCCGCUGGACGCCUUCCAGGUGCCGACAGCUGUGGUGGGGCUGUCCAUGUCACCCAUUUCGGACCUUCUUGCCACCAUUCACCUCAACCGCCGGGGAAUCUACCUCUGGGCGAACAAGGCCAUGUACUCUGGGAUAGAUGACUCCGACCUACUCCCGGCUCCCCUCUCCCUCCCUGCCGCCACCGCAACUGACGGCUCCGGGACCAAUAGCAGCGUGCCAGCUGUCCAGAUGCCAAUUCUGAUUGGUCCAAACGAGGGAGCGGAGGGGGAGGAGGAGGAUGAGGAGGGGAGGAGGGUGGGUGGAAGGGGUGUGGGGGCAGGGGACGUGGCGAUUAUUGCUGGGGAGGUGGGAGGAGGGAGAGCGGGAGGGAGUGGGGGGAAAGGGGAGGGAGGGAAGGGCAAAGGUGAGGGGGGGACGAGAGCAGAGCACUGGAGUGCUGAAGAGGCAGAGAGAGAAGCGAGGGAAUAUGAAACCAGUGCUGCCGCCGCCGCCGCCGCUGCUUCUGGCAGUAGUGGCGAAAAGGGGAAGCUUGGAAAAGGAGGAGAAGGCAAGGGGCAUCAAGCAGGGGAGAACCAGCAGAACCAGCAGCUGCAACUGCAAGUCCCGGGGUUGAUAUCACGUGCCAUGCUGCCUCGAUCCCAGUGGGUGAAUCUAGUGAUGCUAGAUGUGAUCAAGGAGAGAAACAGGCCUAUUCAGCCGCCCAAGAAGCCUGAGCAGGCGCCCUUCUUCCUCCCCUCCGUACCGACGUUCUCGGGGGCGAUUCACUUUGCUCCUCCCCAGGCCGCUGCUGCUGGUGGCUCGGCCAAACCUGCUGGACUGGCUGGUUCGGCCGAACCUACUGGUAGCACUGCUGCUGCUGCUGAUGGUGGUGCAGGUGCUUCAGGUGGUUCUUCAGGUGGUUCUUCAGGCGGUGCUUUGCCUGGAUGGGGGAGUGAAGGAGACGCGGAGAUGGAGGAAGGGGAGGCGGAGGAGGGAGAGGAGGGGAGUGAGGAGGGGGAGGAGGGAGAGGAAGGGGAGGAGGGAGGAGAGGAGGCAGAGGAGGGAGGGAAGAAGGGGGGUGUGUUGGGGAAGAGGAGGCAUGGGAGGGUGAUGCGAGGAGGUCUGGAGGAGUAUGAAAUGGAUACUGAACUGAUGAGGGCGAUUAGAAGAGGAGCACAGUGCGACCCUGCAGACUACUCCCAAGCCAUGGCCCUGCUGAAAGCCAUGUCGCCGUCAGCCGUUGAUUUGGAGCUGCGGGCGAUCGAGAUCGUCGAUGACAGCCCCUCGCCGGCAGACCUGAACCGGGUGGCUCUCUUCAUGUCCUUCCUCGAGGGGAAGCUUCGUGGAAGCUGCGACUUUGAGCUGCUGCAAGCCGUGACGCACCGAUUCCUGGCGAUCCACGGGUCAGCCAUCUCCUCCUUCCCCCAGCUGCGCGCCAAGCUGCCUGCCCUCAAAGAAGCCCAGGCGUCCAGCUGGCAGCGGCUGGACGAGCUGUUUCAGAGCAUCCGCUGCGUGGUUGACUUCAUUGCUUCCUCCUAG